AACACCAGGCCACGCCCCUCCCGUGCCUCUUACACAAACAGCAGCAGCUCGAGAGAGAGUAAAUAGAGAAAAGAUGGCGGAGUUCAUUCAGCUCAACAAACCCACUGAACCGAAACCAGCGUCCCAGAACCGGGAGCACCAUCAUCAUCCUCCACCGGCCAAGAAAAUCCGACAAGAGGAGAAAAUAUUUAAAGCCAAGAAGAUGAACGGAGGCACGGAGCAGCAGAAUUACAGCAGCAAACCGAAAAACAUGAAAACCAAAACAGAGAAAGACAGAGACCGAGAGAAAGAGAAAGGCAAAGAGAGAGAAAAAGAGAGGAAGAAACACAAACUGGCGGCUGAAAAUCACCUCAGCGUGAAGAAGGAAAACGGAGAGCUGAAGUUGUCGCAGAAAGAACACACCAUUAAAGACAAAGAGAAACCGAAAGACAGAGACCGUGAGAAAAAGAGGGAGCGAGAGAAGGACCGAGAAAAAGAGCAGGAGAGAGAGAUGAAGGAGAAAAGAAAACACAAGCUGAUGAUGGAGAUGAAGAGAGAGAACGGAGAGGUGAAGAUCCUGCAGAAAGGUGACGGAGAGAAGCCGAAGAUUAACUUUGCUGAGGAUUUGCUGAUGAAAAAGGUCAAGAAGAAAAAGAAAAAGAAACACAAAGAAGGUGAAAAGCGAAAGCGGCCCAAGAUGUACAGCAGGUCCAGCCAGACGGUUAGUCCCGAGUGCGAGUUCCAGCCUCCGGCUCCGGUCCAGCAGGGCGUCUCUGUGAGCUCCUGUUGCCCAACGACACCGGAGAGCAGAAGCACACCGAGCCUGAAGAACAUCUGCACUCCGAGUCUGAGCGCCGCUGACGGCCCGGAGAAACCCGCCACGCUGCCCGGGCUGGACCGGCUGGAGUUCGGCUGUCUGGUCCAUGUGGAGAACCAGCCCAACGGAGGAGCCCUGGUUCUGCACGCCUACAGCAAGGAGCUCUCGGUCCUGACGCCCGUGGAGAUGCAGAGGUUCGCACAGGAGUUCGUCACCCUGUCGUUUAGCGAGGACCAGGACGGCUCUGCCAACUACGUGAUGGGAGUGAUCCACGGGGCCGCCUCGUAUCUCCCAGACUUUCUCGAGUACUUCUCCUGCAAGUUCCCCAACUCGCCCGUCAAAAUGGAAAUCCUGGGGAAAAAGGACAUCGAGACGACUACCAUGGCAAACUUUCACACUCAGGUGAGGAGGAGUUACUCCCACGGCACGUAUCGAGCCGGAGCCAUGAGGCAGAUCAGUCUGGUGGGAGCCGUGGACGAGGAGGUGGGAGAUUAUUUCCCAGAGUUCCUCAGCAUGCUGGAGGACUCACCUUUCCUGCAGCGCACGCUGCCGUGGGGGACGUUCUCCAGUCUGAAGCUGAAGAGCCCGACUGACAGUGACGACGGCCCCAUCAUGUGGGUUCGGCCCGGAGAGCAGAUGAUCCCCGUCACGGACAUGCCCAAGUCUCCCUUCAAACGGAAACGGUCAACCAAUGAAAUCAAGAAUCUGCAGUAUCUUCCUCGAGCCAGCGAGCCGCGAGAGAUGCUGUUCGAGGACCGAACCCGCGCUCACGCUGACCACAUCGGCCAAGGGUUCGAGCGGCAGACCACUGCAGCGGUGGGCGUGCUGAAAGCUGUGCGCUGCGGGGAAAGUGCUGAGCCUCCACGCAUCACCAAAGAUGUGAUCUGUUUCCAUGCGGCUGAUUUCCCUGAUGUGGUUCAGCGGCUGCAACUGGACCUGUACGAGCCGCCCCUGUCUCAGUGUGUGCAGUGGGUCGAUGACGCUAAACUCAAUCAGUUGAGGCGAGAGGGAAUCCGCUACGCUCGUAUCCAGCUCUACGAUAACGACAUCUACUUUAUCCCUCGCAACGUGGUCCACCAGUUCAAGAGUGUGUCGGCCGUGUGCAGCCUGGCCUGGCAUGUGCGCCUGAGCCAGUAUCACCAGGAGGUGAAGGAAGAGGAGGAGGAGGAGGAGCUGAAGCCGCUCAUCAAGCCGGAGCCGAGCGACGAGAGCGUCAGCGCUGCGAUCACGACCCCCGACUGCAGAGCCGCGCGAGACUCGCCGUGUGUGACACCCAUGAAGAUGGAGAGGGCGGAGCUACAGGUGGAGAGGCCCAAAGCCCUUCCCAGAAGCCCCAGCUUGACUCCGCCUCUCGUCUCCUCUGACGGGCGACCCAAAGUGCUCAACGUGUCCGAAUGUCCCAGCGCUCCCUCUCACACAGCACGCAACUCCACGGCCAGUGCGCACACACCCAAACACACACACACGCCGGCACCACCCAAACACACACCCCACUCGGCACCAACCAAACACGCACACACGUCGGCACCACCCAAACACACACCCCCUUCGGUGCCGACCAAACACACACACACGUCGGCACCACUCAAACACACUCCCCCUUCGGUGCCGACCAAACACGCACACACACCGGCACCACCCAAACACACACCCCCCUCGGCAUCCAGAUAUUUCCAUUCUUCCUCUGUCCCCAAACCGGGACACACACCCUCAACACCUACUAAACCCAGCCAUUCUGCCAACACAACCAAACACACACAAACUGCCAACACACCCAAACACACACAAACGAGUAACACAACCAAACCAACACAAGCUAGUAACACAAUCAAACCCACACACUCUGCGAACACAGCCAAACACACACACUCCACACUAAUAACCAAACCCGGCCCCAAACUGAGCUCUGGACUGUCACUCAGCUGGUCGGCCCCGCCCCUGGCCACGCCCCCUCCGAGAGCGGCCCGCCCCCAAGACUCUCUGCACCCGAAGGCCGUCAGGCCACACCCGCAUGAACCACACAAAGACUUUUUAUACUGAUUUGUACAGAACGGUUUUUAAACGGCGCUUCAUUUAAUCAUGUUUGUUUCUACUGUCGGUUUUACUUUCUUUUUAAUCGAUCUGACAAGAGCAGAGGAAGAAACGGCGGCACGUCUCCAAGACUUCUUUUAGACACUCAACUUCUGCUGAGCUUCUCUCUCUCUUUCCCUUCUCUAUCUCUCCCUCCCCAUCUCUCUCUCUCUUUCCCUUCUCUAUCUCUCUCUCUCU